CCAGAUUUUGCAAUGUCUUCCUAUCGACUCGGUGUCUGGGAUUAGAGAGGCAGACGCAUGGCUCGCCGGCUACGCUUACAUUUCGCGUCGAGGAGGAGCAACACUGACCCUUUGUCAGAGAGCUGUAGUGGCCAUGGCGAGGAGAGCGAUCUGGGAGCUUCUCCCCGCAGUCCCUCUGAGAGUCUGGCGCACAGCUCCGUCCACAUGAAGGUGACUCCAGGGCAGCUGGCCCUGGCUUUGCCUCCACUGUCACCGGAGUACGGUAAUUUACAGCGCUACUCGUCCGUAUUUAUACCCAAGGUUAGUGGCUCGACGAACAAGAAGAGCAUUCUACAGAUCUCCCUGCAGCCCAGCCGGUCGGGUGGGGAGUCGGAGGGCAGCGCCGGCGAUGAUGGGGAGAAGGCGGACUGCGAGGGUGGCGUGGGGAGCAGCUCAGACGGGGGCUCGUGUAGCAGUAGCACGGCCAGCGACGCCGGCUACUGCAGCAGCAGCAGCAUAUUCGAACCUGAUCUGCCUGAGAGGAAGGCGGUGGCUGGUGCUGGGGCACGAGCCAGUGAACGGAGCGUACUCCGGCGGAAAACCCGGGUGCCUCUGCGGCGCUGCUCCUCGCUGGUGAUCUUCCCACGGAGCCCCUGUAGCACGCCGCCGCUAGCCUCCCCCGUCAGCCCGGCAGCCCUGCCUGUGGUUCCCCCGCCACGAGGCUCCUACCAAACCUCUCACCAACUCCAGCUGUCUCCCAGCGACAUCACACAGGAUGACCCGCAAGCGACCUCCAAGGGAUCUGUCGCCACGGCACUCAGCGGCCUGCGGCUGUCCAAGAGCAGCUGUGCGUCAGCUGAGCUCCGAGGCGCCAGGCCCAUCGUACAUUUCAACAUCCCUCAGCUGGAGAGGCCAGAAGAAAGGAGCGACUGCAGCAAGACGGAGGAUAAGUCCACACACAUGGAGCGGACUGAGAGGCACUCUAGUGUACUUCUGCACUUUGCCAACCAGUGGGCAGCCCCUUUGACAAAAGAAAAUCCAAUCGAGACAAUGGUGAAUGUUGAUUCAGGCAACACCCAUGAUGAGGUUUUGGAGCCCAUUGAAAAACCUGAGUCGGGGACCGUAAAACUUUAUCGAAGUACCUCUGCUUGCUUGUUGCCAACAUCCAAACUGUCAGAGAGGACUAAUAAUGUGUGGGUAAAUACUGGGGAACUAAUUGAAGAGAAGGGAUGGCAUCAUGCGUUUCAGCGGAGUAUUUCUCUGGAGGUGCCAUUGGCACACAGAGGGAUUUCAUGCCAUUUUUCCAAACCAGCGUACAGCAGCCUCAAGAAUUACUCUCCCCAGGUUCACAUACAUGUGUCACGUGGACCUAGGGUAGGAAACACUGGAUCCUCAAAGGAUAUGAACACUAAUGAAAAAAGGGAUCACUCUCAGACCAACGCUGGAGGAGACACAUUAACGCGAGAUGACUUUCUGGGCCAGGUGGAUGUGCCUUUGCACCAAAUACCAACAGAAAAUCCUAACACAGAGAGACCAUACACAUUUAAGGAUUUUCUCCUUCAUCCGAGAAGCCACAAAUCCAGAGUGAAGGGCCACCUACGUCUCAAGAUGACGUACCUGCCCAAGAACAGCGGCUCAGAGGAGGACACCAGCGAGCAGAAUGAGGACCUAGAUCCAGGCUGGGAGUUUCUGGAGAGUCAAGAUAUGUCCGGCCCUCGGCACAACCACCAGCUGCCUGCUCUGCCCCCUGGCUGGGAGGAGCGGCAGGACAACCUGGGCAGGACCUACUACGUCAACCACGAGAGCAGGACCACGCAGUGGCAAAGACCCACUCUACAGGACAGCCAGGUAGAGGCGGAGCAGCGGCAGCACAGUCACCUGGAGGCCCAGCGGGCGUUCAUCACGCGCCGGCAGAUCUCGGAGCACGAGGAGGUGGCGGGCGAGCGCCGCGAGUCUCCCGAGAGCUGGGAGAUCAUCGCCGAGGACGACAACGUCGCCGUGUUCAGCGCCAGCUCCAGCGUGGGCCCCGGUGUGGUCCUCGGCUCCAACGAGCGCUCGCCUCCGUCCCCCCACUCCCCGCGCUCCCCCCGCUCCCCCUGCUCCCCGCGCUCCCCCAUGGCGUACUCCUUCUGUGACGAGCUGAGCCGCCUGAGCACCAGCGCCGCCGCCACCCCCACCGACAGACGCACCUCCCUCACGCCACAGGGCCAUUCUAGCCGCAGAGGAAGUGGGCAGACUCUGACAGCAGAAGAACAUCCUGUUCACCCAGUGUUGCUGCCCACAUCUACAGGCCUUCCCCCAGGCUGGGAGGAGAAGCGGGACUCUAAGGGACGGGUUUACUACGUCAACCACAACAACAGAACCACUGCAUGGACGCGACCACUCAUUCAGCAGACGACUUCCGAGGCGGCCCAGGCUGCGUUGUCUCAGGCCGGUCUGUCCCAGGCUGCCUUGUCUCAGGCUGGUGUGUCCCCUGCAGCUCUGUCUCAGCCCAGCUCGUCCCCUGCAGCUCUGUCUCAGCCCAGUCCAUCCCCGGCUGUGUCGUCUCAGCCCAGUGUGUCCCCUGCAGCUCUGUCUCAGCCCAGUCCGUCUCCGGCGGGGUUGUCUCAGCCCAGUGCGUCCCCGGUGGUGAUGUCCCCGGCUGCUGCGGCCAUGUCGCUGCCGUCCGGGCACCAGACGUCCGUGCGCUCUCCCGAGGUGUCUCCGCAGAACACCCCCGGCCCGCAGCAGGCCUACGAGUGCGGCUUCCUGCCCAGCGGCUGGGAGGUGCGCAGUGCCCCCAACGGAAGGCCCUUCUUCAUCGACCACAACACAAAGACCACCUCAUGGGAAGACCCUCGGCUGAAAAUCCCUGUGCACAUGAGGAAACAGCCCUCACUUGAUCCUGGUGACCUGGGACCAUUACCACCUGGCUGGGAGGAAAGAGUCCACAGCGACGGGCGGAUAUUCUACAUAGAUCACAACACCAAGACCACCCAAUGGGAAGAUCCCAGACUACAGAACUCGGCCAUCACAGGACCAGCAGUGCCUUACUCCAGAGAUUAUAAGCAGAAGUAUGAGUAUUUCCGGAAAAAGUUGAAGAAACCGGUGGACGUGCCCAACCGCUUUGAGAUGAAGCUGCGCAGGAACGCAGUGCUGGAGGACUCGUACCGGCGCAUCCUGUCCGUCAAGCGGGCCGACGUGCUCAAGGCCCGCCUCUGGGUCGAGUUUGAGGGAGAGAAAGGCCUCGACUACGGCGGGGUGGCCAGGGAGUGGUUCUUCCUGAUCUCCAAGGAGAUGUUCAACCCCUAUUAUGGGCUGUUUGAGUACUCUGCCACGGAUAACUACACACUGCAGAUUAACCCCAACUCUGGCCUGUGUAACGAGGACCACCUGUCCUACUUCAAGUUCAUUGGUCGUGUGGCUGGCAUGGCUGUCUAUCAUGGCAAGCUGUUGGAUGCCUUCUUCAUCCGCCCGUUCUACAAGAUGAUGCUGCAGAAGUCCAUCACGCUGCAGGACAUGGAGUCUGUGGACAGUGAGUACUUUAACUCGCUGAAGUGGAUUCUGGAUAACGACCCCACAGAUCUGGACCUGAGGUUCACCAUCGAUGAGGAGCUCUUUGGCCAGACUCACCAGCAUGAGUUGACUCCGGGAGGGGCUGACAUCAUUGUCACUGACCGCAACAAGAAGGAAUACAUACAUCUGGUGAUGCAGUGGAGGUUUGUGAAUCGCAUCCAGAAGCAGAUGACUGCUUUCAAGGAGGGCUUUUAUGAACUCAUACCACAGGACCUCAUCAAGAUAUUUGAUGAGAAUGAGUUGGAGCUGCUAAUGUGUGGUCUGGGAGAUGUGGAUGUGAACGACUGGAGAGAGAACACCAAGUACAAGAAUGGCUACAGCCCCAACCACCCCGUCAUCCUUUGGUUCUGGAAGGCCGUGCUCCUGAUGGACGCAGAGAAGCGCAUCCGCCUGCUGCAGUUUGUGACGGGCACGUCCAGAGUGCCCAUGAACGGCUUUGCCGAGCUCUACGGCUCCAACGGGCCACAGUUGUUCACCAUUGAGCAGUGGGGCACACGAGAAAAGCUCCCCAGAGCUCACACAUGCUUCAACCGGUUGGACCUGCCUCCCUACGAGUCUUUUGAGGAACUGCGAGAGAAGCUGCACAUUGCGAUUGAGAACGCCCAGGGCUUUGACGGCGUGGACUAACUCUCCUGCUCCUGUGCCUGACUCCGUUUGGGAGAUUGCAAACGUCUGUGUGGCGCGUAUGGAGCGACACCGGGGGGAAGUGAAGACCUCUCGAGUGGACUCAGAGACGGGAGGGGGGGGGGGCGGGCGGGAUGGGGGGCAUGUGUGGACAGAUCCCCCCGCCACAGUGAGACUCCUGACGUGGGGCCCUGAGCUCUACUCUACCCUUCCUGCUGCUGAGACAUUUGGAGAGGGCAGAGAGGGGAGUGUACCACUAUCUUAACUAUAUAUCACCGCUCGUCUUGGAGGUUUACAGAAAUCAGUUUUGAAUGCCAUGUACAUAUAUCUGUAUACAAAUCAAAUGUAUGCUAUUCUGAAACAUCUGUAGAUGCUUUUUAAGUAUGCCUUGCAGCAAACAGAUACAGGUGUAAUCAUUAUCGCUGUAUGUUUCAGUGUAAACAUAAUCUCGGGAAAGCCGCACUUUGCCAAGUGGGUGCACUAGUUUAGAUAAACAACUGCCUUUCUUAGAUGAUCAGGUUUUCUGGUAAUACAAUAAUAUUAUCCCUUCAGUAAGGUUUGAUAUAAGCAUAUUGUCAACAUGUACAAUCACAGUUAAUAUCAAAAGAUCUGAUAGUAUCAAAGUUCUUUUCUCUGAUAAUAGUAUCAAAGUUGUCUUUUAUAGUACUUUAUUCUGUGUGAGUUUGAAAGCUAGGACCAGACCUAAACUUGAAAACUACUUUCUGUUUGAAGCUGUCAGUGGAUAUUCCUCUUUAAACUAAACAGUCAGAUGCCGGUUGUGUCGGUCUCGUGAUCUCAGCUGAUGGGCUGCUGCUUGCUGCCGUAAUGCUGGCGGCUGUGUUCUCUGCACAAAGUAUUGUGCUUUGUGCCGUCAUGGCUUUCUACUCCACAGCAUCCCUUUGGAAACAGGUUUGUAGGACCUGUUACAAAAAACACACGUUUACACUCUUCUGUCUGUUUACAGAUGACUCAAAAUGUGCUUGACUUCUUUCACUUUUAAUCUACUUUUAUACUCGUUUUAGUUAGUUUGUUUUGUUUUGGUUUUGCCGUUUUGGAAAUUCAGGCACUUUUUAAAAAGAAAGGACAAAAGGAACUUUUUAAGUCUUACUUGAUCUCUGCCAAUCAGCUCUAUGAAAUUGCUGUUAAGUAUCUUGGCUUGACCUGUACAUUUGACACGAGUUAAUGUUUACAUGUAAACAUUGCUGAUAUUAAGCACAUUCUUUCCCUCACCUGUAAUUUACCUUGACUGUUAAAUUACAAUGCCUUUAAUUGUAAGAUAAGCUUUUAUCGAAGUUGAAUUGUAAUAAAGAAAGUAUUGUUAAAUAUCAUUCAAAUAUUGUAUAAUUAAGAGUUAUGUCAAGAUAGAUUGCAUAAUUUAUACAGAUCUGUCCAUUUGGAUGGCGUCAAGAAGUGCAUUUUGUAUCAGUGUGGAAAGGAUGGAAGGAAGUACCUUAUUUAGGUUGAAGGAAUUGUUGAUUUGUUUUUCCCCUGGCAUGCCAAAGUCAUUGCCAUAUUUUUGAAAAAAGAAUAAAAGAACGUUUCUCUUCAUCUGA